CACUUGAAAGCCUAAACUGCUAAUGUUCGGCUCGCCGAAGCUAGCUUCCUUUCUUGUUUUAUUAUAAACGAGAAAAAUACGAUGUCAAACUAAUAAAUCUUUUAAAUUUUUAUUUUAUGAAAACAAUACCGUUAUUAAAAGUUGUUGUUGGAUUUCAUUAUCGCAAUACAUUUUAGUUUGUUUUAUAAAUAUAAAUAUCCGCUAUAUAAAUAUGUAUCCGCUUAUCGCUGAAUUUCUGGUUUCUGGGCUCUCCAUGAUUAAUUUAUGUGAUUUCUUAGAACGAACAGCCAUGUUUAGUACUAAAGCGUUGUUUCGCGUGGAAGGAUGGAUGGUCUGCUCUCAUUUAUGUUGACCUUGUUGGUUCUGAGCCACAAGGGACAAUCCCAGCUUCUUGACGACAAAUGCCAUGGAGCGGUGAACUCCAAUUCGCGUGCUCCUCUGACCGAAACGCCUUGGAUGGCGAGUGUUUAUAAUAAGACAGAUUUUCUUUGCGGAGGAACACUAGUUCACAAACUCUUCGUCUUGACGGCAGCGCAUUGCAUAGUUCAAAAUCCUGAACUAUUCGUGCGUUUGGGCCAGACUCAAAAAUCUUGUACUUCAUUCCAAUGCAAUAGCGUCGAACAGAACGGAGUUGCCUUGGCUAUACCCCAUAAUGAUUUCGAUCCUAGGCACUUCACCAACGAUAUUGCUCUGCUGAGACUGCGAGGAGAAGUCAACUACAAUGCAUACAUCCGUCCGAUCUGCAUAAUGCUGGAUGAUAUGGUUGUAUCAGCAGGAGUGCCAUUCUUUUCUGCCUGGCGUCAAACAAGGAGGGAUUUACCAGUUCAAGAACUUCAAGCAGUUAAUCUUACCCAUUGGAACCAGUACGUGUGCCUUAGAAAUGGAAGGAACAUACAAGACGGAAAUCAGAUAUGUGCCGGAAUACCAGAACAAUACUCCUGUAUGGGACCUGCUGGUGGUCCGUUGGCGGUCAAACUCCCACUGGCCCAGAAAAGAUUGACUGUUCAAUUCGGGAUAGUGAGAGCCGGGCACGAAUUGUGCAACACUGUUGGGGUGUACACCGAUGUCACGGCCUACAAAAACUGGAUACAUAACACUGUGCGUGAUUUCGAAAUGAAAGGCGAUCCUGUCUUGUACGACGAGUGUAAUAGCAACUGGACCGACGACGUGAUUGUCCGUCUAUGGGAGAUAUCACUGUUGCAGAACUCUGUGAAGGGCGCGCUAAUCACAAACCGUUUUGUUAUGACUGUGGCAAGUGCUUUUCGCUCGGAUUCCGCUCUAGUAAAGGUGGAAACAAAAUACCAGAAGACUCUUGACGUCGAAUCGAUCCGCAGGCAUCCCAAGUUUGCACCAGGAUCGUUGAAAAAUAAUAUUGCUUUGAUCAAACUAGCUCAGGAAGUGCCGAACCAAGAUCUUAUGAAACCAAUAUGCAUUGUUCUGAACCCAACGCUUCCACGAAGAUUGGCGGCGCUUGCCAAUUUGGAGACUCCCAAUUUUAGGGGGGUUCAGAAAGUCGAUUUAAAAACAGUCGAUCGUUCUACUUGCUCGCAAAUAAUUGGAGGAUCUCUGGAAUCCAGUCAGUUCUGUGUUGAAAAACCUCGAGGUGUUUACUACGAGACUCCUGGCUUAAUCGUGGGAACAUUUCAAGAUAUCGGCGGCGUCGUUAAGUAUCUUAUUUUUGGCAUAUUAAGCUUCAAUAGAAACAGCGUAUUAGUUUUCACAAACAUUCAAAGCUACGCUGACUGGAUAAUAGACACUGUUUAUGGCACUUAAAAUAUAUUUUUAGUAAUAAUGUGAUUAUGAGAAAAUACGACAAUAAAAUUGAUAAGAACCGAAA